ACUUUCUCGGAAGUAUCCUCCUUUCCUUUCUGCCGGGUGUCCGCUCCUAGCUGUCGAAAUGGGCAAGUUCAUGAAACCCGGGAAAGUGGUGCUGGUCCUGGCUGGACGCUACUCCGGACGCAAAGCCGUCAUCGUGAAGAACAUUGACGAUGGCACCUCAGACCGCCCUUACAGCCAUGCCCUGGUGGCUGGAAUUGACCGCUAUCCCCGCAAAGUGACAGCUGCCAUGGGCAAGAAGAAAAUCGCCAGGCGAUCCAAGAUCAAGUCCUUUGUGAAAGUUUAUAACUACAACCACCUCAUGCCCACAAGGUACUCUGUGGAUAUCCCCUUGGACAAGACUGUUGUCAAUAAGGAUGUGUUCAGGGACCCAGCUUUGAAACGCAAGGCCAGGCGGGAGGCCAAGGUCAAGUUUGAGGAGCGAUACAAGACAGGGAAGAACAAAUGGUUUUUCCAGAAGCUUCGCUUUUAGA